AGAGGAGAUAAAAAAAAAAAAAGCUUGGCUGGAGCCAACAUGCAGGAGGCGAAACAGACUCGAAUAUAAAUAUAAAUGGAACUGGCUCUUUUAGCUGAAUUGAAAAUGGGAGAUGAUCAUUGUGUCCCGUGUUUCUCUGUCUGUCUGUUUGUCUACCUACAUACCUAGUCAUCAGUUCUUUUAAGCCUUGGACGAAUACCGUGCCAAGCUGAUUCCCGCAAGCCAAGUCAACACCCCUAGAAACGAAAGAAGCAAGAGACAAAAAAAAAAAACAUGUCCCCACCACGCUUCGAAGCGGCCCCUGCCGACCCCUCACCGCUCGGCACGCCGCUCAAAUACCCCGUCUCGGGGCGGUCGGCGCCCAACCGGUUCCUCAACGCGGCCAUGUCGGAGGGCCUGGCGACGUUUGACGAGGCGGACCCGUCCAAGCGCGGCAUCCCGACGGAGCAGCUGGUGCAGCUGUACCGGCGCUGGGGCCAGGGCGAGUGGGGCCAGAUCCAGACGGGCAACGUCAUGAUCGACCCGGAGCACCUCGAGGCCCCGGGCAACAUGGUGGUGCCGCGCGACGCCGAGCCCUCGGGCGAGCGCUUCGACAUGUUUUCCAAGCUCGCCGCCGCCGCCAAGGAGCACGGCAGCCUCAUCGUCGCGCAGGUCGGACACCCCGGUCGCCAGGCCCGCGGCAGCGUCCAGCAGCACCCCAUUAGCGCCAGCGACGUGCAGCUUAAGCAGGAGAUGUUUGGGUCAAAGUUUGGCGUGCCCAGGCCCGCUACCAAGGAGGAUAUUAAGGCGGUGAUUGAGGGUUUUGCCCACACGGCCGAGUACCUUGAAAAGGCCGGUUUCGACGGUAUCGAAUUGCACGCCGCCCACGGUUACCUGCUGGCCCAAUUCCUGUCCGAAACAACCAACCAGCGCACCGACGAGUACGGCGGCAGCCUCGAAAACCGCAUGCGGCUAAUCCUCGAGGUCACGGCCGAGGUCCGCAGGCGGACGAGCAAGAAUUUCAUCCUCGGCAUCAAAAUUAACAGCGUCGAGUUCCAGGAGAAGGGUUUCAAGCCAGAGGAGGCGGUGCAGUUGUGCGAGGCCCUCGAGGCCGCGGGCAUGGAUUUUGUCGAGACGAGCGGCGGCACCUAUGAGAGUUUUGGUUUUGCGCACCGCAAGGAGUCCAGCCGCAAGCGGGAGAACUAUUUUAUCGAGUUCGCCGAGGUCAUCCGCAAGGCCGUCAAGCACAUGGUGGUCUACACCACCGGCGGCUUCAAGACGGUGGGCGCCAUGGUCGACGCGCUGCAGGGCGUCGAUGGGAUAGGCAUCGGGCGCGCAGCCGGUUCGGAGCCGGACCUCGCCAAGGACAUCAUCGCGGGCAAGGUGUCCAGCAUUAUCAAAUACGCCAUGGGGGAGGACGAGUUUGUGCUGCAGUUGACUGCCUGCUCGGCGCAAAUAAGGCUGAUGGCCAAGGGCGAGGAGCCGUUUGACAUCUCAAACGCCGACGAGGUGGCGCGGGUGACGCAGUUGAUGGCGGAGGGCAAGGUGUAGGAGGUUGACAUGAGAGAAAGCAAACCUUGGCCUGGGCGAAAGCCGGGUAAAUAUAUAGCCAGUAGGGCAGUUAAGAAAUAAUCGAGUCAAAAGUAACCACA